CCGGACAGCCCCUCGAAUAAAUAAUACUUCCUUCGCUUGCUUGCUUCAUUCGUUCCUUGGUGUAGUCUCUCCCUCUGCUACAAAAACCAAAAACCACUUCCCCCUUCUCUUCUCCCUCCCAAUCUCCUCUCUAAAACCUCGUAAAGAGACGUAGUCCAUGUGCUUUGGUCCCUCAACGCCGCGAUCAGAGCCUCUUCCGUCUCCCCUCCACUGAGAUCUGCUCCUCAAUUUGCCUCACACCCCGCAGCAGAGCUGGGGAACUGCACGGGAUGAAGAGAAUAAGAGAAGACGCCUACCCUGGCUCCCAAUUCAAACGUCCCUUUGGUUCUUCGAGGUGUGAAUCCUAUGGGCAAUCACAAGUCCAAGGAGGAGGAGGUGGCGGCGGCGGCGGCGGUGGAGGUGGCGGCGUAGGUGGCGGCCUGGCAGGAGGUGGCAGUGCCUCUCAGAAAUUGACAACCAAUGAUGCAUUGACAUAUCUCAAGGAGGUCAAGGACAUGUUCCAAGAUCAAAGGGAAAAGUAUGACAUGUUCCUGGAGGUCAUGAAAGAUUUCAAGGCUCAAAGAACUGAUACUGCUGGAGUCAUUGCAAGAGUAAAGGAAUUAUUCAAGGGGCAUAACAAUUUAAUUUUGGGAUUCAAUACAUUCUUACCGAAGGGUUAUGAAAUUACCGUGGAUGAGGAUGAAGCUCCAACAAAGAAAACUGUUGAAUUCGAUGAAGCCAUCAGCUUUGUCAACAAGAUUAAGAAACGCUUCCAAAAUGAUGAACACAUUUAUAAAGCAUUUCUAGACAUCUUGAAUAUGUACCGGAAGGAGCACAAGGACAUAAAUGAGGUCUACAACGAGGUGGCUGCCCUUUUUGAUGACCACCCUGAUUUGCUGGAGGAGUUCACGAGGUUCUUACCCGAGAACUCACCAACAACUGUAGCUCAUAAUGUUCCAUCUAACCGGAAUUUGUUUCAACGGCCUGGUGAACGCAACUCUGCAAAGUUGGCAGCUCGUCCACUGCAUGUGGACAAGCAUCGGAACCGUCCACAUAGGACUACUGGCUCUCAUACUGAUCGGGACAUUAGUGUUGAUCGUCCUGAUAUUGAUGAUGAUAAAGCAUUGCUGAAGGUGCAGAAGGAUCAGAGGAAGCAUCUUGAGAAGGAUAUUAAUCGUAAUAAGAGAACUGUCGAAGUGGAUGAUAGAGAGUCUGAGCAUGACAAUCGGGAUUUUAACUCACCCCGUGUACAUGAAAAGAGAAAACACACUAGAAAGGUUGAAGGCUUCAGGACGAGCUCUAACUACCCGUUCAAUGAUGACAAAGACGCCCUAAAAGGGAUGUACAAUGAAGGAUUCAUGUUCUGCGAGAAAGUUAAGGAAAGGUUAUGCAGCGCAGAGGAUUACCAGGCAUUUCUUAAGUUGCUUAACAUCUACAGCAAUGGGAUCAUUAAAAGGAAUGACUUGCAAAAUUUGGUGACUGACUUGCUUGGAAAGCAUCCAGAUCUUAUGAAUGAAUUCAAUGAAUUCCUAGAGCGAUGUGAAAAUAUUGAUGGUUUUCUUGCCGGCGUUAUGAGCAAGAAAUCUCUCUCGCACGAUUCACACUCGCAUAAACCAACAAAGGUUGAGCACAAGCUUGAAGCUGAAGGGAAGAAAGACACAAUAAGAUCAGAGUACUUAUUGAAGUCCAUCCAAGAGCUUGACCUCUCUGACUGUCAACGUUGUACUCCUAGCUACCGACUUCUCCCUGAUGAUUAUCCAAUUCCCUCUGCAAGCCAAAGAUCAGAGCUUGGUGCUCAAGUGUUGAAUGAUCACUGGGUAUCAGUGACUUCGGGUAGUGAGGAUUAUUCGUUCAAACAUAUGCGUCGGAAUCAGUACGAAGAAAGUCUUUUCAGAUGUGAAGACGAUAGGUUUGAGCUUGACAUGCUGAUAGAGUCUGUGAGCUCGACUGCUAAGCAUGUUGAGGAAUUGUUAAAUAGCAUCAGUGAGAAUAAAAAUAAUCUCGAGAGUCCGCUUCAAGUCGAGAAUCACUUCAGUGCUCUCAAUUUGAGAUGCAUCGAAAGAUUAUAUGGGGACCAUGGACUUGAUGUGAUGGACAUCCUGCGGAGAAAUCCCAAUGUUGCUCUGCCUGUCAUAUUAACUCGACUCAAGCAAAAACAGGAGGAGUGGACGAAAUGCCGAUCAGAUUUUAAUAAGGUUUGGGCAGAUGUUUAUGCUAAAAACCAUUACAAAUCACUGGACCACCGCAGCUUCUAUUUCAAGCAGCAGGACUCGAAGAACCUGAGCACAAAAACUUUGGUAGCUGAAAUUAAAGAGCUGAAAGAGAAGCACCAAAAAGAGGAUGACCUUCUGCAAGCCAUUGCUUCUGGAAACAGGCCAAAUCAUGUUGCACAUUUGGAGUUCUCGUACUUAGAUGAGGGAAUUCAUGAGGACUUGUACAAGAUUUUCCAGUAUUCAUGUGAAGAAGUUUGCUCCACAAAAGAACAGCUCAACAAAGUCAUGCGGCUUUGGACUACCUUUUUGGAGCCAAUGCUGGGCAUUCCUUCUCGAUCUCAUGGUAAGGGAAUAGUUGAAGUUGGAAAAACAUCGCGUGGAAUGGCAAAUUCCUCUGCUUUUGUGGGCAGAGGUGAGAGCCGUGUAAGUCCCGAUGCGAAUAUUAAUCCGAAGCAACUGAAAUUUGAGAAGGAUAAAGGUGAGAACCAGUCACCAGUAUUGACAAAUGGGGAUGUAUCUGUCAAAGAUAAAAGUUGCAUGGAAUCAGAGCGUGCCUGCAAAGAUGUCUCGAGUUCUAAUGUCCAUUUUCCAGAGAAGGAACCAAAAGGGUUUAGAGUGACUCCUUCCAGUUCUAGUAUUCCUCCUGGUGAGGGCAAGGAAUCCAAAGUCAAUGCUAACAAUGAGGUCAAUCUCCUUUCAAACCUAAGCUGGGACACAUUGCUUAAGCAUAAAAAUGAAUUUGACGGGCGUAAUGACUAUUCUGCCGAACCUCCCAAGUCCGAGAAAGAAGAGGGUGAAUUAUCUCCUACAGGUGAGUUCGAGGAGAAUUUUACAGACUAUAAAGAAGAUGAUGUGAAAUCUGUAUCGGAGCCAGAGCAUGAGCAGGAAAAUCAAUCCACCAAUGGGGAAGGUGGGGGAGGAGGAAAUGGCGCAGAAGCUGAUGAUGAAGAUAGCGAGAACAAUGUCUCUCAGAGAGGUGGUGAAGUCUCUGGGAGUGAUGAGUGCUCUCAUGAAGAGGACAAUGAAGAGGAGGAGGACGAAGAAGCAGAUCACGAUGAGGCUGAUACAAAGGCUGAGAGUGAAGGUGAGCACGAUGCUCACUGUGGAGCAGAGAAUGGGAUAAUGUUGCCUGUCUCGGAGCGGUUUCUCUCAUCAGUGAAGCCUCUUUCAAAGCGGGUCCAGGCUGAUCAGCUUGACGAAAGGAGGGAUUCUUCACGAAUUUUCUAUGCCAAUGAUGAUUUCUAUGUUCUCUUUAGGCUCCAUCAGGCUCUGUAUGAGAGGAUUUUGUCUGCUAAAACCAACUCAGCCUGCACUGAAAAGCAGAGAACUUCAGAGGAAACGGGUUCUCCUGAUCCUUAUAACAGAUUUAUGACCGCCUUGUACAACCUUCUUGAUGGGUCAAUUGACAAUGCAAAGUUUGAAGACGAAUGCCGAGCUAUAAUUGGGAACCAGUCGUAUAUUCUUUUUACAUUAGAUAAAUUGAUAUACAAGCUGGUGAAGCAGCUUCAACUCAUUGCGACCGAUGACAUGGAUAAUAAGCUUCUUCAGCUGUAUGAAUACGAGAAAGGCCGUAAGCGCGUUAAGUUCAUUGACUCUGUCUACUACGAAAAUGUGCGUGUCUUUCUUCAUGACGAGAAUAUUUACCGAAUGAAAUUCUCAUUGGAUCCUCCUGGGUUGUCUAUUCAGUUGAUGGACAAUGCCAGUGAAAAGCCUGAGGUUUUUGCUGUUUCUAUUGAACCAAAUUUCGGUGCCUACUUGUUCAACGAUUUUCUUCUGGCCGUGCCCAGCAGAAAGGAGCCAAGGGACGUUUAUCUUCAGAGAAACAAAUGGAAGUAUUCUCGAAUGGAUGAAAACUCUGCAACAUGUGCAGCCUUGGACGGCAUUCAACUCUUCAAUGGCCUCGAAUGCAAGAUCGCUUGCAUUUCAUCAAAGAUCUCCUACGUUCUGGACACUGAAGAUUUCUUCUUUCGUCCGAGAAGUAAGCGGAGGGGUAUAUUGAGGGAGAAGUACUCCUCUCGCAAACUCGAUAGAGUUCAGCGUUUCCACAGAUUUUUAUCAGCCGCGGUGGUAGCAGUCUAGUGCUUGCUUUUCAGCAGAAAAAAGAAGGUACUAAAUUUACUGACAUAGUCAGUCAAAUACAUGGAGGCUCUAUUAGGACGGUCUUUUUCUAUAGAAGGGUUUCUCUGAAGCUGACAUCCUUAUAUUUUUACGGUCUCUUUGCUCGCUGUAUAGGCUCGAUCUUAACAGAUGAUGAUGAUUUUGCAGAAGGGAUUUAGCUAAAAAAUUGCAGCUUCUUCUGCAGUCAUCUGUGUAUACAAAGCUUUUCGGAUGUUGAUUAGUGUAAAUAGGUUUGUUCUUUAGUUUUGGUUUCUUGAGAAUUUUUAUUUCACCAGUCGGAAACAGAGUCGAUCUUGUAGUCACACUUACGAUUAUUAUCAGAUGAAAUGAAACGUGAUAUGACAUUUUCAUCCA